UGCACCACUCAUCUCCUCUUUAUCAAGACAGCAGUUGGCAUGUAAUUUCUCACCUUGAUGCACAUAUCUUUCCUUCGACCCUAGAGCUACUCUUCUAUUGCUUCACUUUAGUUUUCUCACCAUCUAUUUGAAAGCAUUUGAUAUCGGAGGCCUAUGCUUUUGUAAUCUGUAUAUGAGUUAUUGAAUCCAGUCUCUAGUGGUGGUGGAUUUCAGAAAAGUUCUGACGUAUGUCAGUUAGUCCUUCCAUGGAUCAUCCACAUAGAAGCCAAGCUACGGAUUGGAAUGAAGCACUUAAUCUGUACGAGAAACAUAUCGCUCGUGGGAGUGAGACUCUGCAAAUACUAGCCACCGUCAAGCUCGGCUGUCUCUCCAAGUAUGCACCUGAGAACGUAUUAUCGCGCAGCGUGCCAAUCCUCGUAAAUCUUCUUGCUACACCUUUGAACAAUUCGAGUCUUUCGAUUCAAGAAGCUGCUGCGUUUUGCUUGAACCGCCUUGCCCGUCAUGGCGAUGGUUCAAUGGCCGUAGUCAUUGGCCAAUCGGGUGCCAUUCCUUGCCUCUUGAGACUAUUGCCGCAGGCCGCAGAAGCUAGCUCCCGACGAGUUCUGAUCAAAUGUCUCUGGGGACUCGUCACCUUUGCUAGCGUUAAUCGCGCAAUAGUAGCCAGAAGCGAUGGCUUGGAGGUUGUUCUCCAAUUGUUCGCUUCAUGCACGGAUUAUACCAGGCGUUACUUGUUAGAGAUCGUAAGUGCAUUGGCAUUACUGAGAGAAGUGAGGAGAGUUAUCAUCGGUUUCGGUGGCCUCCCUUUGCUCGUUGAAUCUGCUCGGCGUGGAAGAAUGGUUUCCAGAGCCAGAGCUGCACAGGCAAUUGGGUUGCUGGCGGUAACGACGGGAGUACGGCCGUUGCUCGUCGGCUUGGGUGCCAUACCACUACUCGUCGAGCUGCUGCGGGUUGGAGAUGCGUCGACUAAGUUGGUUGCUGCUAAUGCUCUUGGUAUAAUCGCAUCCCAUGUUGAUUAUAUCAGACCUGUAGCCCAAGCUGGAGCCAUUCCUUGGUAUGCAGAUCUUCUCAGGGGAGCUGAGCCCCUUGGUAAAGAAAUUGCAGCGGAUGCUUUCUGUGUAUUAGCUGUUGCAGAAGAAAAUGCAAUAUCAAUAGCCCAACACUUGGUGACGAUUCUCCGAGGAGGUGAUGACGGAGCCAAGGCUACAGCUCUGGAUGUUUUGUGGAACCUGUCAACUUACAAGUAUUCUGUAUCCAUUGUUGGACGGUCUGGUGCAAUUCCGAUCAUCGUUGAGCUUUUGCGAGAUGGGAAUUCUAAUAUUAGAAACAAGGCUUCUGGGGUUGUUGCCCAGUUGACCUAUGACGAGGGAGAUCGAAUUGCUUUGGUCGGUGCAGGGGUGAUUCCACUUCUCAUUAGUUCGUUGCCGGAUGAAUCAGAAGAACUCAUGAAGGACAAUGCAGCAGAAGCCCUGAUCAAUUUCUCGGAAGAUCCAUUACAGCGUCACAGUGUAUCCGAAGCACUCAACAAUAAUCCUUCAUUCCAGAGCAUACAAAAUAGAAUUAUCCGGACCCGUUUGUCUGGUGAGCAGAUGAAUAGACCUUUGCGACGGAUUACCACUGGGCAGUUCACAUGGGAUCCGGAUCUUUUCUGAAAUAUGUCUGCAUCAGCCUUACCUCUGCAAUUCUGCAAACAGAUCGGAUUCGACUCGAUAAUCUUUUUUUUUUUGGUAGACUCGAUAAGAAAUUCGACCGAUCUAAAUCUGAUAAAUAUAUGUCGAAUUUUCAAUAUAUAUUUUAUUGGAU